AUACCGAUGGAGGCAGCAUUUCACCGCUUUCUUGGUCAGUCUGUCACUGAAGAAGAUAACUGUCCCGCCCCCACAAAAAAAUCAUGGCGGCCCCCAUGGUAGUCGGUCGAAAUAUUCGCACCUUCGGAAGGAUAUUCGUGGGAGUCUCACAAUCGUUUUUACAGGGAUCAAUAGGAUUGAACGCUUGCAGAUAUCAUGGGAGAUCUACAUUAUGUCGCCCUCUCCAGUUGCCUGCAACCUGCCUCCACACUGGAACCUUCUCUUCCUCUCUUCCCUCAUCUGUGAUUGUCACAGAGGAGCCGGACACGCUGUACCAGAAGGUGUCUCUGCUGGUGAAGGGCCAUGACAAAGCAGUCCUGGACAGCUAUGAGUUCUUCGCCAUCCUGGCUGCCAAAGAGCUGGGAGUCACUCUGGGCAAAGUAUUUGAGCCUCCAAAGAGCAUUGAGCGGCUGACACUUCUGAAAUCUGUCCACAUCUUCAAGAAACACAGGGUCCAGUACGAAAUGAGGACGCACUACCGCUGCAUAGAGCUCUCUCGUGUGACUGGAUCCACUGCACAGGUGUACCUGGAAUAUAUACAGAGGAAUCUGCCAGAGGGUGUGGCCAUGGAGGUGACCAAGAUCUCCAUGGAGAAGGUUCCAGAGCAUCUCCUGGAACCUAUGUGGAACGACCCGCCAACUGAAGAGAAGCCCAGCCAAUAAGAGCAGAGUCACAUACAUAAGCUGCUUAUCUCAGCACCCAAUCAAGAAGACCGAACCUCCAGCCCUGAGAAUAUGCUUGUUGACAAGGGUCAGCCAGAGCAAGGCGCUGUAUAGAUGAUCUGAUCAACUACUAAACAAAUAGGUAUUGUAACUGUGCGGCCCCUAGCUCAGGCCAACCCUCAUGAACGAGCAGUGACUCAGUAUCUGUGCAUCAGGGCAUCCUCCACAAAAGCAAGAACUGAAACGGACUAUUUCAGUCCAGAGAGAUGGUCAGUAGUCAUCUGCUCUCUGAGUUAAGCUUAUGCUGCUCAUUUUAGUUGGCUUUCUUUUUCUUGUAAUGUCCAACUUUCUGUACUCCAAAAGACUACAAGAUGUAUGUUUUAUGUUUUGUUAUUAAACUAUUCAUUAUCAUGUC